AUGAGAAGACGUCUGUUGCUGACAGUCCCCAGAAAGAAAAAUGUCUUAGUGACGAUGAUCGGUCUAGGAAAGUAUCUCAAUCACCAACGCCAAAAUUUGGCGGUCUACUUUCAACGCCAAGUUGAAUCUCAAUCAUCGACUCAAAUUUUGGCGGUCUGCUUAAACGCCAAGUUAUAUCCCAAUCCCCAACGUCUUUGCGGCGCCAAGACCAGGGGGACACCCCCCUGGACCCCCCGUGGUGUGCACGGACUGCAAAAUUCUGACCAAUCCAAGACCAUAACAGCUGCGCUUCAAUCAAAUCUCAGAGCCAUAAUCGAGAGAUCGGACGUGGAGCAACUAAAGUUCCGUGAUUAUGUUAUGAGACAUCGAGACUUCUCCGCCGAUGAACAGGCAGCUCUUAACAUUGACAGUGUCGCUUCUUUCCAUGAAGUCUGGAGCGUCACCGUCAGAUCAAAAAUCGCAACGGAAGAAUGCCGAAAACGGGGUAGUAAACGUGUAGGACAAUUUGCCCAGGAUUUUGCCGUCGCUGCAUCAGAUAUCAUGGGCUAUAUGGGCCCCAUUCUCAACCUCAUCAGGGAUAUCGGAGCUCCUUAUGGUGGUAUGGCCAUUGGUACUGUGUCGUUUCUCUUCGCGGUUCAAAAAUCCAUUGUGAAAGUUAGAAAGACUGGCGAAGAGGCUCUCAACAAAAACGUUGCUAUGAUCAAGGACGAAGUACAGCGUUUCUCCCACUCAGAGCUACAUGAUGCGUCGGCAAGAGACCGUCUCUCAGUUCUCCGGAGGCUCCUCGGCCUGCAAGUGUACGAAGCCAAAGAGAAGAAUUACGAACUACUGCUUGAAUACGAAGCAGACCACGAGUAUUUUACUAGCGACGGGAACAAAAGGCUCGAGAUCAUGGACGAAACACGCAUAGAAAAACUCCAGAAAGACCAGCGCUGGGUGGAUUGGCACAUCUCUCCAGAAUCCAGUCUCUUAUUCCUGGUUGGAUACAACCACGAUGAAGGCUUUAACCAAUGUUGGCUCUCGCCAGCUGCUAUACACCUCGUGAAGACGAUGCACAACGAACCACCAAGCGAUACCGACAUAUAUGCGUUCUACGUCCUUGGGAUUCGGCCAGGACAACGCAACGGCGAGCACCUCACACAGGUACUUGCACACAUCAUGAUUCAGUUGUUGUCACAACACCUGUGGGCAUUGCAAGAUGGCGAUAAAUGGGACGAUCUCCAAGCUGCGUCCGAGGAAUACGCCACUGUGGUGGCUACGGCCAUGAAGGACCCGAAAAAUACGUUCAGGACGCCGAAAAACAUGGAAAUCGUGCAGACUGCGGCCUUGAAAGUGCUGAAUAUGUUCAGUCAUAAGAGACCGGAAGAGCAGAAGACAAUAUGGAUUAUCAUUGACCGACUUGAUCGGGUUAAAGAGCCACAAGUGAGGCUGCUUGAGGUUUUGGAGUACUUGGUUGAAAACGCCAAGGUCAAGGUCAAGAUUCUUGCGGUGGUCAGUGGUUGGGAUUGGAAAAGAUUACCAUCACAUAUUGCAUCUCUUGCUGAGAAGAGGGACGAGGGAGUAAUUGUGUAUGAAGUUGAGCAAACCAGGAGCAAGCGGUCGCCCGUCUCGAUCAUGAUCUUGUGA